AUGCCAGAUCCAUCUAAGACCGCGCCCAAGAAGGGAUCAAAGAAAGCCGUGACCAAGACGGCCGGCAAAGGAGGCAAGAAGCGCAGAAAGUCCAGGAAGGAGAGCUACGCCAUCUACGUAUACAAGGUCCUGAAGCAGGUGCACCCUGACACCGGCAUCUCAUCCAAGGCCAUGGGCAUCAUGAACUCCUUCGUGAAUGAUAUUUUUGAGCGCAUCGCGGGUGAGUCUUCUCGUCUGGCUCACUACAACAAGCGCUCCACCAUCACCUCCAGGGAGAUCCAGACCGCCGUGCGCCUGUUGCUUCCCGGCGAGCUGGCCAAGCACGCCGUGUCCGAGGGUACAAAGGCCGUCACCAAGUAUACCAGCUCCAAGUAA